AUGGGCUUCGUCGGCGUGUACACUGCGGUCUAUGACUACCAGCCGCAAGCUGAGGGCGAACUGGAAAUCCACGAAAAUGACCUCCUCUAUAUUCUCGACAAGGACGACGAUGACUGGUGGAAGGCCAAAAAGAAGGCUGAUCCGGAAGACGAUGAACCAGUGGGACUGGUGCCGAAUAACUACGUUCAAGAGGCACAACCUACCUAUAAAGCCAAAGCGCUCUACGAUUAUACACGGCAAACAGACGAAGAAAUUUCCUUUUCCGAAGAUGCCGAAUUAUCCGUAUAUGAUACUACCGACCCAGACUGGACGUUGGUUGGUUCUGGAACAGAUUUUGGAUUUGCCCCAGCAAAUUAUAUUCAGCUACUUUCCGAAAUCGCGCCAUCGCAAACACCGGCCGUAGCUCAAGAAGAGCCUGAACCGGAGCCUGUAUCUUCAUAUACGAGUCCCGAGCCCGAGCCAUCUCCGCCGCCAUCGCUUCCCCAACGACCUGUACAUACCGAACCGGAGGAGUAUGCAUCAGCCGCGUCCAGCCCGGCCAUACCGGACUCUAGCCCUGCUGCAGCGAUCGCGGGUAUGCUUCAUAGACAGCAUGGCUCCAUGUCUUCUCAUGAUACUUCGCGCGCCAUUCCUCCAGCACCACAAGCGUUUGUGUCUCCUGAAGAGGAGGAGGAGGAAGGACCUGCGCCUAGCCUUCCCACACGACCAAUAUCACAGCCAACUCCUCCCCGAGAAGUGCAUCGAUAUGAAGAGGAACCGGCAUCACCACCUCAGCCUCCUCGCCCACAACAUUUGCAAGUCACUUCGGCUCGGGACGACAAUGGGCGUGUCCAGGAAUCGCCGCCAUAUAGUCGUGUUGGAUAUUCGGCACCAUCGCCCCGUUCACCUUCCGGAUAUCGACUCUAUAAUAUCAACGAAAUGAUCUCAGUAUUAGGCAAGCGAAAGAAAAUGCCGACUACGUUGGGUCUUAAUGUGCCGAAAGGUACAAUCUUCAUAUCAGCUGAUUCAUCCGAGAACGAUACCCAGCAGGAAUGGACCGCAGAUAAGCUUACACACUAUUCAAUCGAAGGAAAACACGUCUUUAUCGAACUUGUCAAGCCGAGUAAAAGUGUUGACUUCCACGCCGGUUCCAAAGAUACUGCCCAUGAAAUAGUCGCAGCAUUGGGCGAAAUUUCUGGUGCUUAUAGGGCCGAGGGUCUGCGAGAAGUACUUGAGGCAGGACAAGGCGGUAGCGGAAUUCAGAAGAAGGGACAGAUGCUUUAUGACUUUAUGGCUCAGGGUGAGGACGAGGUGACUGUCGCUACUGGAGAUGAGGUGGUGGUUUUGGAUGACAGCAAAUCUGAUGAAUGGUGGAUGGUCAGGCGCAUCAAGAAUGGCCGUGAGGGUGUGGUUCCUAGCAGCUAUGUGGAGAUUACUGGUUUGGUUGAAGCAUCAACCCCGGCUACAUCUGCUAGCAAAUCUACAGCGGUUGAUCAGAAUCGGCAUGAGGAAGAACGUCUGGCAAAAGAAGCUUCGAGAAGAUCACGGGUUGAAUUCACGGACGGCCCACGAUCUGAGCGUCAUAAACGGGAAAAGUCUGAUAAGACAUCGAAACAAAAACCAGACACUACGAAGAUCAGAAACUGGACCGAUAGAACGGGAACGUUUAGUGUUGAAGCCCAAUUUCUCGGUCUCCACGAUGGCAAGAUCCAUCUCCACAAGAUGAAUGGAAUCAAGAUUGCGGUUCCAACGGCCAAGAUGUCCGUUGAAGAUUUGGAAUAUGUCGAAAAAGUUACCGGAGAAUCCUUGGAUGAAGAUAAGCCAUUGUCCGAUAUUCGACGUCGUAGUAUGCAGGCAAAGAAGGAAGAAAAGGAGAAAGCCGAGAAAGCAAAGGAAAAGAAUGGCGUUCAUGUUCAAGAAUAUGAUUGGUUCGACUUUUUCCUCAAAGCUGGUGUCGGACCACAUCAGUGUGAACGCUACGCACAGAACUUCUCAAAGGACUCUAUGGACGAAGCCAUCCUGCCGGAUAUUACGCCUGAAACUCUUCGUACGUUGGGCCUGAAGGAGGGCGAUAUUCUUCGUGUGAUGCGAUAUUUGGACACAAUGUUCAACCGAACUGGGUCUAAGUCUCGCCUACGAAAUGUCAGUUUUGGUGGCGAGGAAGUCAUUGGAAACGGCGAGACUGGUUUGUUUUCUGGAGCUGGCGGUGCUCUCAAGAAUAAUACAUCUCGUAAAGGCCGUCCAGCUCCUGCUGUGCAGACCGGCGAUGUCGUGGAUCCUAAGGCGUUCGAAGUCAGAGAUGGCAAAGAAAGUGCCGAAAAGGCAGAGCCAGCUCCUGUACGUCAAACCACGCCUCCAGCUGAAAAGCCGGUUCAGCGUGGUUUCGAUGAUGAUGCUUGGGACGUUAAACGACCAAAGGAAUCCUCGGCGCCCGCUGCUACUGCUGCUGCUGCUGCUGCUGCCGCACCUGUAGAGCCACCGAAGCCAGCUCCACCGACUGGUGCAAUGGCUGAUCUGUCGCUGCUUCAAGCACCUUUGAAACCAACGCCAGCACCCAGCCAGCCGACUCCACCCGCAGCAGUUCCUGCCGCCGCUGUUCCACCUCCAACUGUGCCUGUUCUUGCUCCUAUGCUCCCUCAACAAACUGCAACUCUAUCAUACCCUCAACCUGCCGCGCCUCAACAACCUCAAGCUACAGGGGCCAAUCCGGGCUUCUUUCAGCAGUUGGGACCUCUACAACCACAACAGACGGCUGUUCCGAAUCAACCCCAAGGAAUGGGCUUUUCUUUGCAGCCCCGCCAGCGCCCUGUGCCUCCACAGACUAUGAACCAGAACUCUUUGCUGCCACCACCGCCUCAGCGACCCCUAUCGGCUCCUCAAGAUUUCCAGCAAAGUCCUUUUGCCGCUCCUCCUUUGCAGCCUCAGCUGACCGGCAUUUCUCGCAAUGCGCCACAAUUAGCGCCUACCGGCCAGAGUCUAGCGGAGCUCAACCAGCAACGAUUCCAGCCGCAACAAUACGGUCAACUGCAGCCUCAGUUAACUGCAUUCCCACAACAGCAACAGCCACAGUUCCAGAAUGGUCUCAUGCCGCAGCCGACGGGUUUCCAGCCACAAUCGCAGUUUGGCUUCCAGCAGCAGCAACAACAACAACAACAACAAUUCGCGGGUAUGGCGCCGCAGCCAACCGGCUUCGGUGGAUUCUCACCACCACCCCAACAACCCAUGGCAACUGGAAUCAACGGUAUGCUCCCGCCUGCACUACAACCUCAACAAACAGCGGUGAAUGGAUUCGGCACGAGCAUCAGUCCUCCCCCUCCACUUAUUCCACCUAUUCCUCAAAUGCCGACAGUGGCACCAUUGCAGCCACAGAAGACAGGCCCAGCACCGCCUGUCCGAUUUGGAGUCAAGCACGACGCAAAGAAACUCACACCUCAGCCCACGGGGAUGCGUGCCAACCUUGCACAAGCCACCCCGUCAAAUCCAUUUGGUUUCUAA